GACGUUGCUGAAGAAGAGUUAGAGACCGUGGCAAACGACGGAAGUGAUGUCAUCCUGUUGCCAGGAGGCCCGGACGACGAGCUCGAUAUCGCCUUCCUUCUCAAAGAGCUCGGUUUCACCCCUGGAAACGCAUCGGAGUCUGCCGUAGACCCGGAAAUAGCCAGUCUUCUCGAUGCUUUCAACCAGGCGCCACGGAAAGUAGUGGGGAAAUCAAGGGACCUAGGCUGUUGGUGGCACCAUCAUCAUCAUCACCACCACCACCAUCACCAUCACCACCACCAUCACCACCACCAUUAUCCAAAAUGCCCACGCCGGCAGUUUGUCCAGUGAUACAAGCGGGGCUGUGCUGCAUGUGUCAUGCGAACAUUUGCCGUGAAACACUACCGUGGCUACCAUCGCUUCAGCCUCAAUGUGUGUAUCCGGGUGGAUUACCGGAGCUACAGUAGUUACCUGAUCUCAUUCACCUUGAAUGGAUACCGCCUUCUCUACACCUCAAACUGCCUGGGCAGGUCCACGUUCCAGUAUUGCUACCACGUGCACCACCUCAUUUCACACUCCAGCCGCUUGUGUGCUCAACUCUACAGUAUCAACAGGAGCCGCCGCACUAUGUGCGCGCGCAUCACCGGAACCGUCAACCUCAAGGGCCACGUUCGCAGCGCCUAUCAGAACAUGGGCUGUUUCCGUAUCCCAUGCCACACCGACAACGCGGCCAUUGAGCGCCAAGAGGGCACGGAUGACCUCCCCUCUGAUGACUUUGACCCGGCAUCUGUUGCUCUUGACAGUGGAUCCAAAGAGGAAAGCGAGAACCAGGAUGGGAGUUUAGAAGAUAGCGCCGAAGACGACUCUGACUCCGCUUAAAGAUAUGAUUGAACUUCCGAUCUGAAAGAUGUGUCCAACUAGAAUCUUGAUUUUAUUAUGACACUGCUAAGAUGCUGUGUAUUCUUUGUACUUUUGCAUGAGUGUGCUACUUAUAUUGUCUUCAGAAAUAUUUGUGUAAAAUUUCAUUAUUUAUGUUGCAACAUGUCGCAGUAAUUGUAUAAGAAUAUGUAAAGGCUGUAGCACCCACUACCCGAGCUAUUGAAAGUAUACGCAAUGUGUGCUAAGUGCGAGAUACGUUAUUCCCAUUACAAGGGUUGGAUGAGGUGACUGUGACUUGAUCAAUAUUUUCCAGACUGUUGUAAGAUUUUAUAUGUGAUUUACCCUCAAUUAGACAAUUUUCGGCUCAAAAAAACUUUGUUAACAAUAAUUCAAUGAAUUCAAUUUUGUUUUCAAAUGCCAAAAGAAUACAUAUCCUAUGGAUAAUUAUAUUCUCGGUGUUUGUGCUUCGUACUGUACAAUUGUUUGACUACAGUCUUUCAUUAUGCACCAUGUAUUAAAAGGGAAUAGCAUAUGAACAAUGUUUAAAUGUCAUUUUAUUGAAAAAAUAUUUGCAAUUGUUGAAUAUGCUGUUGUUGUUUUUCUGAGCGUUUUCUGUGUUCUUACUGUAAGUAUGUAUAGGAACUUUAUCCAUGUAAAUCUCUAUGUUGCUCUGUUUCUGUGUUUUCUGAAUAAAUAAUGCAUGCAGCAAAACCCA